AUGGCAGAGAUCCUGUCCGGCCGCUCGAGCGGUCCAGUGGAGACCAGCCUGCGUGCGCGCAAGGCAUGUGCAGGCUUGGACGUGGUCCUAAGUACCUUGCCAAAGAUGGAGACUGACCACGUGAGCCACACCGAAGGUGUGGUGUGUCUCGUCCAGGAUGUCACAGCUCUGAAGGCCUCUCUGGCCGCCUCGGCGCGCGUGGCCAAAGAAAUGCGCCGCCUCCUCGACGGCGAAAGCAAGGCGCUGGUGGAAGAGGCCAUGGAGAUGCUACAGCAGAUGGGAGGUGAAGCCCAACAGAAGGUGGAUGAGUUGAGGGAGCUCAAUGAGUGCACGGUGCAUGUGAGGAACUUCGUGGCAGUUCUUGGCUUGGCCUUCUCCCCUCUGAUCAUGGUGCUCUUGUUUGGGCUGUCCUUCCUUUUGGCACUCACCGCUGCGAACUAUGGCGCGCCGAUGUUCUUCGUCUGGCUGUCCGGCUUCUGCGGCCUCUACACCUUCGCCGUCUCGCGAGCGCCGCGCGAACGGAGGAGCGCCAAGGAGGAUGUGGGUGAGGGCUUCUAUGCGCGCGUGAGGCGCUAUGCAGCGAAGCUCAAGGAGGAGGCGUCCAUCUAUGAUGACCCACCCCGCCGGGCGGCGUUCUGCCAAAUGCCCUGGCUGGCGGCGGUGGCGCUUUUAGGGCUAGAGACCUCUGUGGCAGCGUCUUCGGGGUACAUGUGGGAGUUCCUUCAGGCCUUCCUCUGUAUGGCCCUCACCUCUGUGGCCAGUGGUCUUGCGCUGCACCGCUCGGCCACCGGCCGCAGCCUGUUCGACCGCCUAGACCCACCGGGCGCCACGGACGCGGAGCUGCUGGCAGCCACCCUGGCACGGUGCCCAUGGGUGUGGCAGGCGCUCGCGGCCUUGGCAGUGCUGGCAGAGCCACUGGUGGAGGAGAGUUCACCCUCAGCAGUGGAGCUUCAAGCCAUGGGAGAAGAACAGCUUCAGAAGGCCUCAGGCUAUUUGUGCAAGGUGGAGUCCCUCCGAACGAAGCUGCAGCGGAAGAGCAGCAAGGUGCUGGACACGGCGGUCUCGAUCGAGAAAGUGCUCGGUGGCACCGCCGCGGAGCGAGAAGAGUCCAUGAAGGACCUUAGCCAGAAGGCGGCCUCAAAUGUCAAGGGUUUGGCUUGUGCAGCCACCAAGCUGCUGGGUGUCGGGCCACAGGAGGGCGAGGAGCGCGAGGAAAUGAAGGCGGUGGCCAGCGCCUCCGGGAACCUCGUAGCUGGGGCGGUUGGCCUGGCCCUGCCACUCGGGAGCAGAGACGACGGGGCUGCAUCUAAGUACCUGCAUGUCGGCUAUCGAGCUGGUUGUGGCACCGAGAGCGGUUCUGGCCGGCAAAUAUGCAGGAUGAGGAUGACGAGGAAUCUCAAGGUCAAGGACUUAUACUGUUGA